CGUUUUAUAACCUGACAAUACGUCCGAAGUUUCUCUAUCUUUAUCAUGUCAUUGCAUCUUUGACAAAGUAUUAAGCGAUCUGGAACAAGCAAAUUAAUUCCAAAAUGUGGUCAUCACAAGGUAACAACUCGAAUACAAAUGCUUCGUCGAAAGAAGAAAAGAAUCUACGUACACUGGGCAUGACAUCUGCUAUCAGUGUAGCAGAACCAAAGCCCAGUGACCUUACUAGGACUAAUGAAUUAAAGGAAGCAUUAAAGCCUUACAAUGUAUUUGAGUCUGAAGAAGAGUUAAAUCACAGGAUGGAGAUUUUAAGUAAAUUAAAUGCACUGGUGAAACAAUGGAUACGGGACACAAGUAUCGCCAGAAAUAUGCCACCGAAUGUUGCUGAACAAGUUGGCGGUAAAAUAUAUACUUUCGGUUCAUAUAGGUUAGGGGUACACCACAAAGGUGCUGAUAUAGAUGCCCUAUGUGUUGUACCACGUCACAUCUAUAGGUCGGAUUAUUUUACAUCCUUCUUUGAAUUACUGAAAAUGCAAGAAGAAGUUACAGAUUUAAGGGCAGUGGAGGAAGCAUUUGUACCAGUAAUAAAAAUGAAUUUUGAUGGUAUUGAAAUUGAUAUGUUGUUUGCAAAACUAGCACUUAAAGAAAUUCCUGAUUCAAUGGAUCUUAGGGAUGACAUGCUUCUGAAAAAUCUUGAUCAGAAAUGUGUGAGAAGUCUUAAUGGUUGCAGAGUAACAGAUGAGAUAUUGCGUUUAGUACCUAAUAUAGAGAAUUUUAGGUUGGCACUUAGAGCCAUUAAGUUGUGGGCAAAACGACAUGGCAUAUAUAGUAAUGUAUUAGGGUACUUAGGAGGUGUAUCUUGGGCAAUGUUGGUUGCAAGAACAUGUCAACUAUAUCCUAAUGCUGUUGCAGCAACACUAAUAGAAAAGUUUUUCCUCGUAUUUUCUCAGUGGAAAUGGCCACAACCGGUCCUUUUAAAGCAACCUGACAAUGUUAAUUUAGGUUUUCCAGUCUGGGAUCCAAGAGUAAAUAUAGCAGACAGAUAUCACUUGAUGCCUAUAAUCACACCAGCAUAUCCUCAACAAAAUUCCACGUUCAACGUAUCAGUUUCAACGAGAACCAUCAUGCAAGAGGCAUUCGAAACCGGACUAUCGAUAACGGAAGAAAUAAUCAUGGGAAAAGCGACGUGGGACAAAUUAUUCGAACCUCCAAAUUUCUUUGGCAAAUAUAAACAUUAUAUUGUACUAUUGGCAAGAAGUUUGACUGCUGAGGAUCAACUUGAAUAUUGUGGGCUUGUCGAGUCAAAAAUACGACAUUUGAUAGGUACACUGGAAAGGAAUCCUCACAUAACAUUGGCACACGUAAACCCGGAGGCAUUUCCACCGUUAGAACCAGAACCGGAGGGGCACUGCUCCAUGUGGUUUAUCGGCUUGCUAUUUGCCAAGAGCGAAAACCUGAACGUUGAUUUAACGUACGAUAUAAAAUCCUUUGUAGAUUCGAUUCAAAGGCAAGCAGAACAGUUGAACAUGUUAAAGGACGGCAUGUGGAUAGAAGCGAAACAUGUGAAGAGAAAGGAUCUAUACACUUAUGUAUCUCCUAGUUUGCUCAAACGAGAAAGAAAAGUUUCGGGUAGUGUACAUAAAAAUGGAAAUAUUGCUGGAAACGGUAACAGUAACAGUGGUAGCGUGUCACCACGAAACCAGGGAGAUACGGCGAACAGGAAGAGAUUAUCUGAUCAGAAUCCAGACACAUGUGGAAAGAAGCGAAGAGUCAAUGACGGUGAUCAACAAGUAACACAGGGAGAAGAUGGGUCGUUAGUGGUUCAAUCUUGUGGAGAAGAUAGCAAUUCCGGAUUUAGUUUGGACGAAUACAAGCAAACGUUGACAGCUACUAAGGAUGAGGGGCCUACUGGUGCACCUACAGUAGCACAGGAAGGAUAUGUUUGCACUUGACCACUGCAGGAUUACUACCUCACGUCGAUCCACAGAUGCUCCUCUGGGUCAUCUAGACUGUAAUCACUUCUCAUGCAACCAUCCACUGCCCACUGUAAGUCCCCGUUUCGUAAAAACAAAGCAACGUCAUGCGUUGAAGAAAACUACCCGUUGGAGUCAAUCGAUGCACGACUGUGUGACAGACGCUCUGAUUUUAGUAUUUAUAAACAACAUCAACAGUCAAUGGGAACAAUUAUGCCACGAACGAAUGAUUGUGCCAGUGUCUGUGAUGUUAUUUUUUUAUCGUAAACCGCGCUAGUAAUUUUUUGGGAAGUCUCGAAGGAUUAGAGGUAACGGAAGAAGAAAGAAAAAAAAGAAAAAAAAAGAAACACACAUACACACUUCGAACCAUCACUAUAUCUCUAAGGUUCAUAAUUUUAUUUUUAUAUUUCAUUUUGUACAUAUCGCUUAUGAUAAUUUUUAUCCAAACA